AUGGAGCCACCAUCCCAACUGCCCCCACACUAUAGCACUUGCCAACAAAGUCUAACUGCCAUGAUGCUUACAUUUAAGAACCUUAACAUCCCAUUAGCCCCGGGCAAGACACAAGGUCCUGCAACUGUGUUAGAGUUUAUGGGCAUUAUCCUGGACAGCGUUCGAAUGGAAGCACGGCUGCCGGAUGACAAAAUUGAACGCCUCCGAGCAGUUUUCAACACAUUCCAAAAAAGGCGGUCAUGUACUUUGAAAGAACUUCAGUCACUUAUAGGUACCUUAAAUUUUGCAUGCAAGGUUAUCCCACCGGGUCGCCCUUAUUUACAAAGAAUGAUUGAAUUGACAAGAAACAUAAGACAGCCCCACCAUCACAUAAAGCUUAGUGCAGGCUUUUUUAAGGAUCUCGAGAUGUGGAAACAGUUUAUCGUUAACUGGAAUGGUGCCAGUUUUUUCUUGUCUUCUUCAUGGGAAAACUCUGAAUGCCUUCAGCUCCACACUGAUGCAUCGGGGGUGUUGGGCUACGGGGGGAUUUUCGGGGGGAAAUGGUUUCAAGGAAAAUGGGAACCUCAUCAACAAUUAGGACAGCCCGAGAUUAGUAUUGCUUGGCAAGAAUUGUUUGCCAUAGUAGUUGCAUGUCACAUAUGGGGGGAAGCCCUUCAAAACAGAAGGAUAAUCCUGAACUGUGAUAAUGAAUCAGUUGUCAACAUUAUUAAUUCCAAACGAUCGCGAAUUUCCCGGGUAAUGGAUCUUCUCCGUCAUCUCACACUGUUGACCUUAAAGUACAAUAUAUACCUUCGGGCCAAACACAUACCGGGAAAGUAUAAUGAGAUUGCUGAUUCCCUUUCUCGUUUCCAGUUUCAAAGGUUUCGACUCCUAAUGCCUCAAGCAGAUGUCAACCCUCAAAAAAUUCCAGUCCUUCUGUUGAAAAUCUAAAGAAUGACAUAGAAUAUUACAUUGAUUUGUCUGUGGCCGCCUCAACCAAACAGACAUACAGCGCUGGUGAGAAACGGUUUAUUGCUUUUGUAAAAUUAUAUCGACCCCAUGAAGGAAAGCACUUUCUACCAGCAAGUGAAGAAACACUCGUGCAAUUUUCAGCCUAUUUAGCCAAAACCAUCAAACACACAUCUAUAAAAAACUAUCUUGCAGCGGUUCGUCAUUUUCACAUACGAAAUGGUUUUCCGUUGGAUUGUCAAAAGAUGUCACGUCUCCAGCUGGUUCUUCGGGGUAUAAAACGUUCCCAAGGCGAUGAGAAAAGAGUGCGCCUUCCAAUAACAAUCCAUCAUUUAAAACUUUUUCACAUGAUGCUGGCAAUACCUGUCACAACACAUUUCGACUCAAUUAUGGUUUGGGCUGCCAUAACAUUGGCAUUUUUUGGCUUUCUGCGGCUUGGAGAGUUAACUUGUAACUCAAAAUUCAAUUCAGAUUCGCACCUCAUGCCUGAAGACGUUGUUUUUUCCAACGACCUACAACCAACCACUGCUAUGUCCAUACGGAUAAAAGAAUCCAAAACUGACCCCUUUCGGGUGGGACAUACCAUAAGUAUUGGAGGAACACACACACCUCUCUGCCCAGUAUUGGCCAUGAAACAGUAUUUAGCCAGAAGGCAGCCAAAAGCAGGGCCUCUGUUUGUAAAUUCUGCGGGUAAACCACUUACAAAACAGGCCCUAACACUUGAAACAAGAAAAUUACUCAGUCAAGCCGGAUUCAACGCUUCAAACUUUGCCGGUCAUAGCUACAGAAUCGGUGCUGCAACUACGGCAGCCACAGCGAAAUUACCUUCCUGGCUCAUAAAAACUUUGGGUCGGUGGUCCUCAGACUGUUAUGAACGAUAUAUACAACUUCCUUCGUCAACACUGUUGAAUGUCUCAGCCACACUCGCCAAUAUUUAA